AUGGGCUUCCAGAACACGAAAGGAAAGUACGAAAGUAGCCUCCUCCCGUUUAUUUCUUCCUCACUCUCCUCCCCGUCCGCCCGCUGCAUCUCUCCUCGUAUAUUCUUCUUCUUCUUCCUCCCUCCUCCUCCUCCGCGUCCCAAUCUCCAACGAACUCCCCGAAUCCCGACCCAACCCGACACAAAUCUGCUCGCCCGACCCCGAUUCCCCCGCCAAAAUCCAACCUUGCGACCGAUUCGAGGCUCGGCCGCGGGAAUCUGCGCGAGCGGCGCUCUCGGAGAUUUCUGGUGUGAGCUUGGGUUUCCGUUUCGGCUCAGUGUGCUGGAGGAGGCUCUCUGUCCGGAAGGGUUCUUGAGUUCAAGGCUCCUUUUUUUUGUUGUAUCGGAGAUGCGGUGGCCGUGGCCGCCGGCGGCGAGGAAGUUCAGCGUCCGGCUCGUGGUGCGCCGGGCGGAGGGGCUGCAGGAUGCGGACGCCGAGGCACGGCUGGCGGUGGAGGUGACCUGGAAGGGCCCCAAGGCGAGGUGGAAGGGCAUCCGGGUCUGCCGCAACCGCACGCGGCUGGAGUCACCGGCGGCGGCCGACGCCCCGUCGUCGUCGUCGGUGCCGGCGCCGGCGGUAGAGUGGGAGGAGGAGUUCGAGGACGUGGUGACGUUUUCCGCGACGUCGCACCGCAAGGCCGCCGCCGCCUUCCAGCCAUGGGACCUCUCCUUCUCCGUCCUCAAUGAUUCAAAUAAAGGGCCAAAGAGUGAAUCGAUUCUGGGAACUGCGUCAUUGAACCUAGCAGAUUACACAUCUGCUGCUGAAGAGGAAGUUGAGAUUAUCCUCCCAUUAUCAGUGCCCAAUGGCACACCUGAAUCUUCCCCGUCACUUCAUCUCACUCUGAGUUUGGUGGAACUAAGACUUCCUCAGCAAUCGCCCGAUGCUUCACAGCGUUCUGUUGCUACUGCUCCAUUGUCACCUUCCUCUGGUGACUCGGUCCCUUCUGGAAAAGAUGAGGUUUCUGUCAUUAAAGCUGGACUGAGAAAGGUGAAACAUAUUACGGAUUUUGUGUCAAUACGGAGGUCCAAAAAGGCUAACAGAGAGGACGACAACAGUGAUAAAUAUGUUCACAGUGAUGGUGCCGAAUACCCUUGCACUAUUGACUCUGACUCUGAUAUAGAUGAUAGACAGAGGGAUGAGGACUUGGGUGGCGCAACUGUCAGGAAGUCCUUCAGCUAUGGUUCGCUGCAGUCUGUGAAUUAUGCUGGUGGUCUCUUUUAUGCACAUGCAAGGAUUGAUGGAGAGCACGAGGACUGGAUAUAUUACAGUCACCGAAAAUCGGAUGCCGGUUAUCAAGCAGAGAAAGAAUCAUCCUCCACUGCUGAAGAGCAUACCUCCAUGGUUAUUCGGCGAAAAAGGAGCAUACUUCCAUGGAGAAAAGUCAAAGUGCCGAAGAAAGGCGAACCAUUAUUGAAGAACAAGAAUGGAGAAGAGGGUGGGGAUGAUAUUGACUAUGAUCGACGGAUAUUAACCUCUUCUGAUGGAUCUGUUUCGGAGGGAUCAAAUGGUUCGGCUAACAGUAUGGAGUCAGUAUUUGGUGAUGACAAUUUUGUUGUUGGGAACUGGGAGUCAAAGGAAGUACUUAGUCGUGAUGGCCAUUUGAAGCUUCUCACUGAGGUGUUCUUUGCAUCAAUAGACCAGAGGAGUGAACGGGCUGCUGGGGAGAGCGCCUGCACUGCGCUGGUGGCUGUCAUUGCGGACUGGUUCCAAGCAAACCAGGAGCUGAUGCCAAUCCGCUCACAGUUUGACAACCUCAUCCGAGAAGGGUCUCUAGAGUGGAGGAAGCUUUGCGAGAAUGAGACCUAUCGAGAGCGCUUCCCUGAUAAGCAUUUUGAUCUUGAAACAGUACUUCAUGCCAAGAUCCGCCCGCUCACAGUUGCUCCUAACAAGUCAUUCGUGGGGUUUUUCCAGCCUGAAAGUGUGGAGGAUGCCAGUGGAUUUGACUUCCUUGAUGGUGCGAUGUCGUUUGAUAACAUCUGGGAAGAGAUUAGCCGAGCAGCGGAGUGUUCCACUGACAAACCCACCCUAUAUGUUGUCAGCUGGAAUGACCACUUCUUUGUUCUCAAGGUCGAGGCCGACGCAUAUUACAUCAUUGAUACACUUGGCGAGAGGCUGUUUGAAGGUUGCGACCAGGCAUACAUCUUGAAGUUCGACGACAACACCACAAUCUACAAAGUGCCGGCUGAAAAGAAAGAAGCCAGCUCUGAUUCCAUCAGACAACAGAAGGAUUCCUCGGAGAGCUCCUCCACCGAGCAAGACAGCGGGACUGAUACCGAGGAGAGCGAGCUGCUUGUGCUGAAGGGCAAGGAGGCGUGCAAGGAGUACAUCAAGAGCUUCUUGGCCGCCAUCCCGAUCCGUGAACUGCAGGCUGACAUCAAGAAGGGGCUCAUGGCGUCGACACCACUGCACCACCGCCUCCAGAUCGAGUUCCACUAUACCGAGUCAUGCCCCAGAGAGAUCACCCUCCCAGCCCCAUUCCCCGCUAUCGAAGCCCCCUUUGAGUUCUCCUGGCCUGAUCCACCGCCCGCCAUGGAGGUUUCCCUGACAUCUGCAGUCGCCGUUGUAUAGUCCCGCCAUGGCAGCCGAGAUCUGCCAGCCCCGACGUUUAACAUACAGAGAGAGCCUCUUUUUCAGGGCGAACCCUGAAGCGAUCCAGAUCGAAGAUCUGGCUUCGUCGUCUUGAGUUUGCACUGUUUGCUGUCUAGUUAAGAUGAAGUGGAACUGACUAGUAUAGGUAACCGAACUCCUUCCCUUUUGGUGUGUGUAUUUUCAGGCUCUAGGAGCUUUCAUUUUGUAAAGAAAGAAAGAUGCUGUUAGCUCCUACCUGUCCCGAAAUUGAGCUGUGCUGGACUUGUAAUCGUUAGAUCCUCAAUGUUAAUUAUGCCUUGGUCGUCCCUCCUGAUAUUUUUGCCUA